AUGAUGGAAGACACAAAAGAAGAACGUCAUAGCGAUGAUGUAUCUUCCCUCAACUCUGAUUUAAAGGGAAAGCAAGUCGGUGUGGCAGCAGCAGAAGCAACGAUGCAAAUCGGUGGUUAUCUCAUCGUUGUGAUCAUCGUUGCCGUCUUUUUGACUUCUUACGUCAAUGGGCUGGACAACAACACAAUGUAUGCGUAUCAAGGGGCUGCCGCGCAAACUUUUGUGCAAUACCCCCUUUACCUUUCAGUCAUUCAAGUUUUGCAACAAGUCAUCGUUGCUGUGGGCAAAUUCCCCAUCGCAAAAUUGUCCGAUGUGUUUGGUCGUGCUCAAGGUUAUUCAAUCUCUUUGUUCUUUUACGUUUUGGGUUUCAUCAUCAUUGCAGCUUGCAAAAGUUUCGGUGCAUUAACAGCUGGAACUGUAUUCUAUGCAAUCGGAAACACAGGAACACAAAUUAUGCAACAAAUCAUCUUGGCAGAUUACUUCCCAUCAAAAUGGCGUGGAUUGGCAAUCGGUUUUUUGAGCUUUCCUUACUUGAUCAACUUUGCAUGUGCCCCUCUCAUCGUUGAACAAUUGGCAAACCCAUUGACAAUCUUGACCACAAAUACAUGGAGAUGGGGUCCAGGCUCAUUCGCAAUCGUUGCUCCAGUCGCAAUCGGUCCAAUCAUCCUUUGUUUGGCUAUCGCUCAAAAUCGUUCAAAGAAGUCUGGCUUGAUCCCUCGUCAUCCUUACUUCAAAAUGCCAUUCAUGCAAGCUUUACGUCAAUUUUGUGCUGAUAUGGAUCUAGGAUGCUUAUUCUUCAUCACCGCAGGUUUUGUUUUGGUUUUGUUGGCCUUGGGUUUGAAGGCAAACGCACCCGACGGAUACAAUUCAGGAUACAUUAUCGCAAUGUUCGUUUUGGGCGGUGUUUCGAUCAUUUGCAUCGGUUUAUGGGAAUGGCUAGUUGCCUCUCGACCAAUCAUGCGCUUGGAGUACUUCCUUAACAAGGAUAUCAUCCUACCUGCUUUCUUCAUCGGUUUCUUUGACUUUAUGGCAUUUUAUAUCAGUUGGUCUCCUGCCUACUACUGGUCUUUGAUCGUCAAAGAUUUCAGCAACAAGGAUGCCACAUAUUACAGUAACACACAAUCACUCUGUUUGACCGUCUUUGGUAUCAUUGCAGGUGCAGCAAGUUUGGGACUGAAACGUUACAAGUGGAUCUUGUUUGCCGGAUGCUGCAUCCGUUUGUUGGGUAUCGGCUUGAUGAUUCGUUAUCGUGAAACGUCCUCGACUACCGUUCAAGUCGUUUUCCCUCAAAUUUUACAAGGAAUGGGAGGUGGUUUCAUGGGUGUCACCCUUCAGGUAGCCGCUCAAGUUAGCGUUCGUCAUCAAUACGUUGCCAUGGUUACUGCCUUCGUCUUACUCAUGACAGAGAUCGGUGGUGCAUGUGGAACGGCAAUUUUGGGUUCUUUACAAGAUACUGCAGUUGGCGUAAGCGCAGAAAUGAUCACAACCGUUUAUGGUUCUCCAUUCUCCGCAACUGCUGCAUGGCCUUUAGGAUCACCUGAAAGAACAGCAUUCAAUGAUGCAUGGAAUGUGUAUAUGCACGUUGCUUUGAUUAUUGCAGCAGGUGUAAGUGCAGUUCCAAUCAUUGCUUCUUUAUUCAUCAGCGAUCGUAAGCUUGGAGAUGGUCAAAAUGCAAUCUCUGAUGAAAUGACUGCCGGUCAUUUAGGCUCACGACAAGGUCCUGUUUCUGGAACAGAUGAAGAAUCACAACAAAAUCGCGAAAAAGAUGAUGGUACAAGAGCUUUGAACGAUGUUGGCGUUUUCCAUCCAAGCACUGCAGUCUAG